AUGCUUCUGCAUCGCUUUCUUCCCCUAACAUUUAUUCGGGGGAGUUUGCAUACGUCUACAGUUCUUCACAAACAACCUGCCCAUGACCGUCAGAGAAGACGUCGAAAAAUAGUUCCACCAUUUCAUCAACAGCCAUAUUACGAUGAAGAUCCUCUAAAAAAAAUAAAGCUGCACCAUAUAUUUCCUAGUAAUAUUCCCGGAUCUUGGGGAUCAACUGAUAUUGCUACGAAAGAAAAGUUUUUCAAAGUUGGACAAACGUUAGGAGCUCUUCCCUCUUUAUAUGAUAAACUUGGAGAACUCUACUAUCACGAGAACAAUAUGUGGUACCACCGAAUAAACCUUCCACUUGACUGUACAGAAACACUGGAAUUUUCUCAAUACAUUACUCGAACCACUCUUCGCCACCUAAAAGAAAUUGAGGGUAUUCACUCUUCAGCAUCGAAUGUUAAUACUGUGCUUCGAAAUCGGCUUCAAGAACUGGUGGCUUUGAGUUCCUUCGACCAGACAAUGGCACCCAAGACGCGACAGCUAUUUCUGAGCUCCUUUAUGGAGUGCAUACAUGGGACACUAGCUGAAUAUUUCAGAAACUGUCAUCUGUGUGACAGUUCUAAUCAGUUGUGCACUGGUGCCAAAGUGGAAACUUUUUUUAAGCGAACAGGCUUUGCGGAUAUAUAUGAUAAUGAAAGGAUUGGUAAAGAACGUUUGCUGGAGGACAUUUGGGAACCAAAUCAAGAGAUUGUUCUCGAUUCGGAUGGCAUGCUUCGGUUCAGAGUGUGCAGUAAUUUAGCUUGGCUUAUUCGAUCGGUAUCGCCACUCCCACCAUUUGUUGCGCCGUCGGAAGCGGUCUGCUUCGAGAACACUCUUCCGCCAGACGGUCGCCUUUAUCGCCCUGAGGUCUUCGAUUUUGAACCGACCAAUCAUUAUGAAUUCAGCUGCCUGCCCUUCGUCGACAACGCCCGAUCCCCAGAAUACAUUCGAACUGUCGCCGGUUUCUGGCCUGACAGUCCGUUCUGGCCCGUCUCAGGAGGCGACCCCUGUCACUUCGGCCUGCUGGGUGUUCUCGACGUCACACCGACCAACCAAUUGGCUCUGCUCUCUCCCGACGACCCAAUCACCUCCAAGGUCAUCGCUCGCAACUCCCUUUCACAGGGACUCCUCGCUGCCUUCGCGUUGUCCUCCGCCAUGGCCUACAACCAAGGCUUUACCCUCUACAACGAAAUUGACCGGCCCUUCACCACACAACUUCUGCUGUAUAACGCUGUGGAUCAGAGCUGGCAGCUGCUGGCUUACCAGUUGAACUCGCUUUGCGGUCUGUGGAAGGCGGAGGACGCGGGAGAGCCGCUCAACUUGGCCUGGCACUCGGAGCGCAUUCCGAUGUUUGAGAAACCCGGUGAUAUUCAUAGCCGCCUCAACGUCGAGGCAGUCGCUCUCAUCUCGAGUGCGAUGAUGCGAGCCCCCGAAGAGCGCGCCGACACGCAGUCGCCCCGCCGUCUCAUCCCCGACUCCGUGAGUGAGGAGGAGUUGCGCGCCGAGGUCCACGCCGAAGGUGUCCUCACAGCCGCCGAACACGACGCCCUCCUUGCUGCUGAGAGCGAUGAAGUCGCGAAGAGAAAUCUGCCUUUGCGGGUGUUUCCCAAACCAACACCUCACCCGAAUGAAGUCUUCUUCCUUAAGCUGACUGAUCGAGCAGAACUGCUGGAGGAGAUGCGUGAGAAGAUGCCCGCUUUUGGCGGCCCUCGGACACCAUUCUAUGAGGACAGCGAAAUGCCCUUGAAGACGAGGGAGGCAAUUCGCGAACUCAAGCGGAUAAAGCGAGCGAAAACACCCCACAGUAAGGUAUUGCGGCGCCCAACACGAUGGAGAUAA